CUCAUCCCAAUUAUCAUUUCAGUGAGACUGCGGAAAAUACUGGGAGCACUGUAGUGGAGACAUGGUUGUCGAAGUGGAAAGUUGGAGGAUGGCGUCCAAGCUCUGCGACUCCUGUAAAUCGGCCCCGGCCACUCUCUUCUGCCGUGCCGACUCCGCCUUUCUGUGCGUGGCCUGUGACUCCAAGGUCCAUGCGGCCAACAAGCUCGCCUCUCGCCACGCGCGGGUGUGGAUGUGCGAGGUCUGCGAGCAGGCUCCUGCCCAUGUCACGUGCAAGGCCGACGCCGCCGCUCUCUGCGUCACAUGCGACCGCGAUAUCCACUCCGCCAACCCUCUCGCUCGCCGCCACGAGCGAGUUCCGGUCGUGCCGUUCUACGACUCUGCCGCUGCUGCUGCUAAGUCCAACGCCGUCAACCUUCUAGUUGACGACCGUUAUUACUCCGAUCCCGACGGCGAUGCUAGCCGCGAAGAGGCCGAGGCCGCUUCCUGGUUGCUCCCGAACCCAAACCCUAAGCUCGCUGAGAGUUCAGAUCUGAAUUCGAGCCAUUACAUGUUCUCUGACAUAGAUCCGUAUCUGGAUCUGGAUUAUCCGUCGAUGGAUCCAAAGCUUCAAUCGCAGCAGCAGCAGCAAAGUUCGGGAACUGAUGGAGUUGUUCCAGUACAGAACAAGAGUGUUCAAGCUCCAUUGGUGAACGACAACUGCUUUGACAUGGAUUUCUCAGGCUCCAAGUCCUUCUACAACGGACAAUCUCUCAGCCAAAGUGUAUCGUCCUCCUCUUUAGAAGUGGGAGUCGUGCCAGAUGGUAACGCCAUGGUUGAUGUAACAAACCCUUUCGGUAGAUCGAUGAACACCGGAUCCGAAUCAGCUAAUCAAACUGCUCAAAUUUCAUCAGGAAUAGAUCGAGAAGCUAGGGUUUUGAGGUACAGAGAGAAGAGAAAGAACAGAAAGUUCGAGAAAACGAUCCGAUACGCAUCACGAAAAGCCUACGCCGAAACGAGACCGAGAAUCAAGGGAAGGUUCGCGAAGCGAUCGGAGAUCGGAGUCGAUUACAGCUCGUCUGGAGCACUGACCGCCGACUCAGGAUACGGCGUCGUUCCAUCGUUUUGAUGGGCCAUGUACCAAUAUGCUAAUCGCUUUUUAUUGUUGUUAUUUCUUCUCGCUCUUCCUUUUUGCAGAGCAAUUAUGCUGUGUUGUUCUUGUGUACGAAUGUUUUUGUAUAUACUAAGUGACGAUGUUUGAUCGACGACAUGGUAGCCGUCGAUUUGUUCCAAGUUAUGUGAUUUUUUGGCCUUUUGAUGGAGCUGUGGAGCAGAAGAGUUCUUCAUCCGUUUCAGAUUGUGAAGCUUUCGUCCACUGUUUUGUCGGUGUGAGAUCAGAAUCUGAGAGGCCAUUGGUGCAUGUGAUUCCAUUAAUUAGUGGUUAAUGAUUUAAAUAUAGAAUUAACUAGUUUUAUA